GCUCGCGGGGCCGGCUCCGCCCACCUUCUCGGGCUUCCGCCCGUCUCUCGGGUCAGCUGCGCGGGUGCAGCGCGUCGCUGCGCUCCAUGGCCGGGUUACUGGCGCUGCUGGGCCCGGCGGGCAGGGUCGGCGCCCGGGUCCGGCCUCGUGCCACCUGGCUCCUGGGCGCCGCCGCCCCCUGCGCCCCGCCGCCCCUGGCCCUGGCCCUGCUCCCGCCCAGGCCAGACGCCCGGCUGCUCCGCACGGCGCGCGGGGACUGCCGCGGCCGCCAGGACCUCAGCCAGCCCACGGAGACCACAGGCAGCAGCGUCAGCUGCACAGAGGAGAAAAAGCUAAGCAAGUCACAGCAGCUGAAAAAGAUUUUUCAAGAAUAUGGCACUGUUGGUGUGUCGGUGCACAUCGGAAUCUCAUUAAUCUCCUUGGGCAUAUUUUACAUGGUUGUGUCAAGUGGUGUGGACAUGUCUGCAGUCCUGCUGAAACUCGGAUUUAAAGAAUCCCUGGUACAGUCAAAAAUGGCAGCAGGCACAAGUACCUUCGUGGUGGCCUAUGCGAUCCACAAGCUGUUUGCGCCAGUGAGAAUCAGCAUUACGUUAGUCUCUGUGCCCUUGAUUGUCAGAUAUUUUCGAAAAGUGGGAUUUUUUAAACCUCCAGCUGCAAAACCUUAAUGAACUCUUCAGUCCUAGGCACUGAAAACCUCUUUCUUCUAAAUUACAUAAUUUGGAUUGGUUUUAGGAUUGUAGGGUUUAUUUCGGAGGUGUAGGGGGCUAAUUGCUAUGUUCUCAUGGAUAAACUUUGCCAGCAAAAAUCAGGCUUUUGAACAAUUUUAAUUUUUUUGCUUCAUAAAUUUUGUGAACGCUAUUCAUUAUAGGGUUUGUAUAUGUAAUCUAAAAUGUCAGCAAGACAUCACAGAUGGGUUAACAUCUCAAAACAAAAUAACCUACAAAUGUUCCUUCUGGAAGGUUUUAGCGAGAGUCUGUCUGUAAAAGCUCCAGGGGGUUCAUCUUGGCUCAGGUUUGUAAAAAGCAAUGAUUAAUUUAACUGGCUUUUAAAUAUCCCCUUCCGCUGAUAUUUGUUGUCAGCUGCCUACAGUUUAAUAUGCAGCAUUCUGCAAAACAGCUGCCAGUGUUUCAAGUAAUGAAGCAAGACUUAAUAUGUAAUCACAAUCUAAAUCAGCAUCAAUACCUUGACAUUCAUUACAUUUGUUAUGGGGAAAGAACAGUAUUUCUGGUAUGUUUCCUUUGAUCCCCAAACACCUUCCAAGCUGGACAUGAUGGGGCUGAUCCCAGAUGGUUUUUCUGAAAUUUCAUUAAAGCAGAUCAGCGUCAUUUGCCUCUGUAUAGGUAAAAUAUGAAAACUCUGCCCAGAUGCCAAGUAGCAGUGGCAUCGCUUGGCUCCUGAUGCCCGUGUUCCAGAGGAAUUUGGAUAGCACACAUAAACAGCUAAGACAAUCUUAGCUUUUCUUAGACAAUCUUUAUCUCAAACUUCAGACAUUCCGGAACUGUCAUGUUUACACUCUCAUUAUUUUGAGUUAAAAAUCUUGUUCAGGAAAAAAAGGAUUUUGUAUCACUUCCUAAAAAGGAAAAUUAGUAGCACUUAUCACAAUGGAAGGCAACUAUGAGCUAAUACAAGCCAGGGAGGGGCUUGUAUUACACGAGCAGGUGUAGUCUACCGAGCCAGUUUUACGAAAUCAAGGGCAUGUGUGUUAGAGUGGCUAAGAGUAGAAAUUGAAGCAUAGAGGCCAGGUGCGGUGGCUUACACCUGUAAUCCCAGCACUUUGGGAGGCCGUGGCAGGCAGAUCACUUGAGGCCAGAAUUUCGAGACCAGCCUGGCCAACCUGAUGAAACCCCGUCUCUACAAUAAAUUCAAAAAUUAGCUGGGCGUGGUGGCACAUGCCUGUAUUCCCAGCUGCUGGGGAGGCUGAGACAGGAGAAUUGCUUGAACCCAAGAGGUAGAGGUUGCAGUGAGCCGAGAUCGCACCACUGCACUCCAGCCUGGAUGACGGAGGGAGACGCCAUCUCCAAAAAAAAAAGAAAUCCAAGUGCAGAUGCAAACUGAGGCACUGAGACUUCCUCCUUAUAGCAGUCAGGAAUAGGCGAUUGAAUUAAUUCUGUCCUGUGGGGUUCAACAUCAUGCAAGUUUCCCCUGGGCUGUUCUCUGAUGCAGGGCACUUGCUCCACACUCUGGGAACCCAGAUUAACCAGUCUGCCGUCACAGAGUUGAAGGAGUUGCAUUUAUCUUUCUGACUCCCAAUUCCUUUAAAAUUAGAAUUGUUGCAGAAUCUCCACAAGGCUAAAUAAAAUUGCAUUUGUGACCCUCAGAGAACUGAAGGAACUAUGAACUGGCUGUCCUGGUUUGCUGAGAUCGGGCUGUUGACAGCUCCUGGCUGGCCCAGUUACCCAUGCCAGUUAUCCGUUAACAUUUCGAAGAAUCUUUGUAGGACAAGUUCUCCACUUGCAAGGUCUUUAAAGUAAACCUUUUUCUUUUUUCCUCUAAGGCAAUUAGCCCACUACCAAAAGGUUUUAGUGACUUAAAGCUGGAACUGUCCAAGAUCUGAUUCCAAGGACUUCCCUACAGCUGAAAUGCCUCACACCAGUAUUGGGUGAUUUUCUGUGUGGCCGGAACAGAGCGUUUUCAUCUUGUGUUUAAAGCAGUUUGUUGGCAUUGACUCUUCACCACUUUCUUUACCAGUCUCCCAUUCAUGUCCCUAGUAAUGCCUUAUGCAAAAAGAAAAAAAAAAAAGAAAAGAAAAAAAAAAAGCUGACGGUGAUUCCUGCAGGUUUAAGGGCUUAAAUCUCAAAUUCUGUGUUAAGAGUAACGGGAGUGUGCUGAUAGGGCAAGCAAUAAAACGAGUCAUACCAAAAAGCCACAUAGCUCUCUCCACUCCUGUGGCCAGUGGUCCCAACAAAAAAUAACUGAAGACGAGGGGGUCCAAGGAUCACAGAACUAAGCAUUCUGUGAAUUCACCAGCAAGAUGUACAGAACGCUUGUGUUUACAUUGUUUUUACAGAACUAGCAGAAUAAAACAGAUCUAUUUUAAAAAUGCAA